AGUGUUUGUGAGCUGGUUAACUGUGGCAAGGGCUAAGUAGUCCUUGCUGUAAACCUGUGAGGGUCACAGCAGUGGGCUGCAGGAGAGACUGCUACAGCUGUGCAGACGGAAUGAAGAGGCCAAAGGUCACUCCAUAGAAUUUCUUCAUCCCACAGGAUCCAUUUCUUCACAAGCGGUGCUCUUAAAGGAUCCUGGCUGCACAAUAGCUUCAGGGAGGUCUGAAUGUGAAGUUCUGGGCUGUGACUCUCAGAGUGCUUGCUUGCUCUACCCAUGCCUCAGCUGAUGACAUCAGCGGCUCUGCAGACAUAUCCUGUCUCUUCUUUCAUCUCCUUGGUGUUAGCCUGGUUGCUUCUACAGAGUACAAACUUCUUAAGACUACUUUACAGAGAAGGCAGGAAACAAGAAAGUUAUAAUACUGGAAAUGGCCUAUUGUUUCUUCUCUGGCAAACUCCCUCUGGACAGCAGUUCUGGGAAUCAGCUCUUUUUUGAAGUGUUUGUUGUGAGAUGUAUUGGUGGUAUAUGCCAUGGUGAAUUUGUCAGGCACAGAGACAGACACUUUGCCUUGGGGAAAAGAGCAAAGAAGCACACUAGGCUGUCUCCAGAAGCAAACAUUCAGAAAUGCUCUGCAAAGGUGCCUGAGACUUAAACUUGAUAAGAAUGAAACGCAGGACUUCUGACCCCUACUACUGACUAGGACAGAAACUUGGGAUUCUGUACUUCAUAGAAGUACAUUCUGUGAUAGAUGAGAGAAAAUGAAGAUCCUUGAGGGAAGGCUAAGAAAAUUCCUCUUCCUUCCAAAACUGCCUUGCAGGAUCAGUGGAAAAUUUCUGUUCAGAACAAGAUCCUUGGCAAGGAUACUCCACUACCACCAGCACUGGGGAUGCCAGAGUCCAUGGCAAAAAGUUAAGUACGUCCCAAGAAAACGGAUAGCCUGAGAUUUGGUAAUAGGAAGGUGAAGGAGAAAGCCUCUGCAUUCCCAUGGAUCAGAUACCAGUACGCUGCCUCUUGCAAUAUCUGCAGUCUGCUGCCAUAUCUGACCUGGAUUCGAUGCCAGCCUCUGAUUUGGACUUACUUCUCUCUCCAGAUGAUCUGCUUGUCUCUAAUUCCACCUGGCAUGGGAAUGGAUGGCAGAGCCAAAGGAGGUCCUUGGGAAAAAGAAAAUCUAACCUUUCCAGUAAGGUCUUCUGCUGAAAGAUUUUGUGAGAUAGCAUAAAACAGUGCAUGAGCAAGAAAAGCCUCACUACAAAGCAGCUCAGUGCUACUGAUCAUUGAAUUUAGGAGCCUUCUGGAAUCUGUGGUGAAAGGAAGAAUGCAUGUAGGAGUGCUGUUUGGGAACACUUGGAAAGUAAGAAUAGCAAUGAUCUUUCUACUCCGGAAGCUGUGUGUUGUCAAGACUGUCUGCAAGAAAGAGGAAGAAGGACCUACCUCAUGUAAACAAGAUGCAUCUGCAAAGCAAAGGCGAAAACCUGCCUAUCUCAGUCUUUUUGUGAAACUUGGUUGUCACUUGGGGAGAAGUUCAUAAACUGAAUGUUCCAGAGUAUGAACAACAGCUGUGUGGUAAGUUUAUCCUGGCGAAGUGACCAACCAUCUUUGGCCAUCAGUCGAUUGGAGCACUACAGAGGAUAACAGAGAGGCUAUUCUAGGCCCAAGCAGUGGCCAAGAUGUGUGUGGGGGAGAUGUCACAGAGGCAGUUGGACACUGUGCAGAGGACAGAGAGUGGCACUAGUGUUGUUCUGUCCUUCCUAUCACCAGCAGUGAAUUAGGCACCCCUUUGCCAGGUGUGUUGAUGAGAACAAGGUGCAGACAAACAAAAGUGACACCCAGCAAAAAUCCAGCAGAUAGAGGUGGAAAUCCUUUUGCACAGGUCAGACAUGCAAAGGUUUUUCUCGGGGCUUCAUAUUAUACACAGUAUCCUGCAGGGGAGGGCUUUUUCUUUUAGAUCUGCAGUAUAGAUUACAGCAAGUUGUAAAUAUACUUGCAGACGCUUUGUUGAUCUGUAAUUGUUAUCGUUCAGACCACUGCUAAAAGCAUUAAAUGUCAUAGCCAAUGAUGAGAAGGGAAGGUCCCACACAGUCACGCCCACUCAGCAGUGACAUCCCUGCACUACUGUGUUGUGAGACUUACAGACAUCUGUUUGUCAAUUCUAGAUUGGCCUAAUUUUUAACAAUACCAUGUUUUAGAAAGUUAGAAACUUUAGGAAUAACCUUUCACACUCUAAUUUGUAAUAUUUCUCUUUAAAGUUAGAUUUUAGAAGUCAUUUUCGUGAAGCCAUAUUCAUCGUCUAUUGUAAGAUACCCCCUUUUACUUUUUUAAUUAUUUUAAUUCUGCGUUUGUGGCAGUGGCAGUUAGAAUGUGUUUACCUGACAAGUUUGUAAGAGGCUACUUUAUCCAGUACAUGCUUGGCAUUUUAGUAAGCCAUCUUUCUUCCUGUUUUGUAAAAUCCCCUUAAUCACUUCAAAGAGCUAAUGACAAGAAGCAUUAAUUGCUCUGGACACAGUUCAGCCUAUUGUCUUGGACUACCUGGAUGGAUGUGGGCUAUCCAGAACUGCUGCACUCCAUGUGCCUAACUGUACUGCCUGUUCUUUCAGUCUCCCGCAGUGGAGAUGAAAUAGCCCAAAUCCAUUUUGCAAUGCUUUGAAUUCCCACGUGGCUCUUUUCUGAUAUAGAAAACACACGUGUUAAAUAUGUUUGCAUUUGGUGCGUUGUUUUUGACAAUUAUAUAUAAGAGCAUAUAUUUCCGUAUAGUAGUAUGCUGGUCUCAAAAGUACAUUUCCUUUUUAUCCUAAGGUAUUCUUAAAAAUAUGUGUUAACUUCACUCUGGUUGUAUAUUUCCACUUGUUUUCAUGCGUUCUUCAGUUCACUGAUAUUUAAUGCUCAUUCCUUCAUUGUGACAUAGUGUUUCUGGUGUAAGUUAAAAAAAAAAAAAAAAAGGUACAACUGUACUCUCAGGAGUUGUUUGUUAGUUGUGCUGAGUAACUGAUCCAGGAGAGAAAGAAUUUGCUGUGAGGACAGGUUUCCUGGUCCUGCCUAGCAGUGACACCUAAUUAUGCUGCAUGUGCCCGGCCCAGGAGCCAGGAGAAAAGAGCUGGAAGCCAUGGCUGACCCAUGUGGGAGAGGUAAGUACCUGCUUGGGAAAAUCUGUCUUGAGGGGAACUCCACAGAUUGCUAUCAGCCGGAGCCUGCAUGCAAAGAAGCUGUGUGUUGGUCAGAAAAAGUGAAAUUCUAACACUGGAAGAACUGGUACAUUCAGUCGUGGAAAAACUGCCCUCUAGAGGUGCUUCUCCUUCCUGCUCGCUGGAGGGGCAGCUUGCCUGGCUGAUACAGGUGCUGAAGCUCGUGGGACUCUGAUUUGACAACACGCAAUGCGUCUACAUUUUAGUCUGUAAGUAGUAGCCUUAUGAGACCUGCUUCCAGAAUAUUUUUCUGAUGGGAAAUAUCUGAUCUCUCAUAAUUCGCAAGCUCAUCUUGAAACUUUUCUUCUGGUGAGCUAAGAGUAGGGCUUCUCUUCCGUGCAGCCAUUAGGUUUCCUUAUUGCUGCCAGUACAGACAUAUGUCGAUUAAGGAGCUAAGAAGGAGAAGAGGAAGGACCCCUGCUUUCUGCCUGCCCCUGUACACAUGUCAUGUGGGUCUGAGUUUCUGACAAGUACAGUGAUUGUUUUUCACAGUAAUACAGUGGGAAGAUGUCAUUUGUAUCUGGGUAAGUUUAGACUGUGUUAUCAGAGUGGUUCAGAUUCUGGAGGAAUCUGUUUUCUCAUGGGAAACAAGUUGAUGUAAGGUUAUCAGGAACCCUUGUAUGCAAUGUCACUUAGGGCACACCAGUCUUCACGAACUGUGGACUAGCUACUGAGCAGUUGCUGUGUUAAGGCACAGUAGGGCAGAGCUCAGCCUUGGCUAAUGGCCUGAGAACUGAUCCAGGAUCUCUGGUGGAUUUGCAGCUCUUGGUGUGGAGACAGCGUUCCUCUGUCUGCGCUUCUGAUAUAUUUGAUGUUUUCUUUCUGACAUGAGGUAUGUCCACUCCAGCUGCAAUUUGAGCUGUGGGUGGUGCCUUGCAGAUGAAAUGUAGAGCUUAUUUCCAGAGCAAAUCAUGGAGAACAAUGUAUUUCCAGAACUGUUUAAAUCAAGAAAAUUAAUGGAGGGAAAAAUCUGUCAGCAUCUAUUACACAUGAUAGUGUUGAUACAAACUCCUGUCUCGAGAAAUCCUUCUGCUGCUCAUAAGAAAGCUGGAAGGGUAUAGGAAGAAAAUUAUCACUGUCCCCCUUCUUUCUUAAGGAUUUGCUUAAGAUGGAAGGAAAUUGCAAAGACAUGAUAUCAGCCUGAUGCAACAGGACUCAUUCUUACGUUCUGUUUAUUUAUCAAAGAAGGAAGAGGAGGGAGCUGUUAGCUCAUUUUUACUUUGAGUAUUUUCCUUUGAUUUUUGAAUGAGGGGCAACUUUACUUAAUGUUAUCAUGGAGAAAGGUCCUUGUUAAGAAGAUGAAGUGAAGUUGUGAAUUAAAAUGCUCAUCACCCCACUGCUUUUAAACAGCACUGACAAAACUAUGUUCCAAACUUUGCAGGUUGAUAACUACCACAUUUUACUAACUGUCUUGAGAAUGAUUCGAGCUGCUUUGUCUUAAGAUGUUAGAGCCUGACAAUGGUAGAGCAAGCCAGUCUGUGUGGCUGACAGACAUGCUCCUCUGAUAGACAACAUUUUGGACAGAUAAACAGCAUGGAAACAGUUUUUGGCUAUGGAUGCAGUGAAAGAAGUAGAGCCUUGAGGUAUAUACACACAGGGCAAAUUGCGCUUGGUGGCUUCUAUACAAAUGAGCAGUGGCUGUUUUCUGCUUGGAGCACCUGAGGACAUUGACAUAGAAGAUGUGUGAGGAGGAGGACAGCACUGCCCUUGUUUGUGACAAUGGCUCAGGGCUCUGUAAAGCUGGCUUCGCCGGGGAUGAUGCUCCAAGAGCAGUUUUCCCUUCCAUCGUGGGUCGUCCCAGGCACCAGGGUGUGAUGGUUGGUAUGGGUCAAAAAGACAGCUAUGUAGGUGAUGAGGCUCAAAGCAAGAGAGGAAUCCUGACCUUGAAAUACCCCAUAGAACAUGGCAUCAUUACCAACUGGGAUGACAUGGAGAAGAUCUGGCAUCACUCCUUCUAUAAUGAGCUCCGUGUUGCACCUGAGGAGCACCCAACUCUGCUGACUGAAGCACCACUGAAUCCCAAAGCCAAUCGAGAGAAAAUGACCCAGAUUAUGUUUGAGACUUUCAAUGUGCCAGCCAUGUAUGUAGCUAUUCAAGCUGUUCUGUCCCUGUAUGCUUCUGGGCGUACUACAGGGAUUGUGCUUGACUCUGGGGAUGGUGUCACCCACAACGUGCCCAUUUAUGAAGGCUACGCUUUGCCACAUGCCAUCAUGCGUCUGGACCUGGCUGGCCGUGACCUGACAGACUACCUCAUGAAGAUCCUGACGGAACGUGGCUACUCCUUUGUGACCACUGCGGAGCGUGAAAUUGUCCGUGACAUCAAGGAGAAACUGUGUUAUGUGGCCCUGGACUUUGAAAACGAGAUGGCCACUGCUGCCUCUUCCUCCUCUCUGGAAAAAAGCUAUGAGCUUCCUGAUGGCCAGGUCAUCACCAUUGGAAAUGAACGCUUCCGCUGCCCAGAGACUCUCUUCCAGCCAUCUUUCAUUGGCAUGGAGUCCGCUGGCAUUCAUGAAACCACUUACAACAGCAUCAUGAAGUGUGACAUAGACAUCAGAAAGGAUCUUUAUGCCAACAAUGUGCUUUCUGGAGGCACUACAAUGUACCCGGGCAUUGCAGACAGAAUGCAAAAGGAAAUAACUGCUCUAGCUCCCAGCACCAUGAAGAUCAAGAUCAUUGCUCCUCCUGAACGUAAGUACUCCGUCUGGAUUGGAGGCUCUAUUCUUGCCUCCCUCUCCACCUUCCAGCAGAUGUGGAUCAGCAAACAGGAAUAUGAUGAGGCUGGCCCAUCCAUCGUUCACCGCAAAUGCUUUUAAAUCGCUUUAUACUUCUAUGUCUUUUUAGCAUAUUACUGUGAAUGUAUUCAGGAAAAUACAUUCUUAAAAUUUCAUUCCAUAAAUCUUUCAUCGUAAUGGCUGGUUAAUUGGAUACGGUGUAUUUUUUGGAAUAAAUUUUAAAUAUGCAAAUGAAAUUGCUGCUCCUAGUUUAGAGAUGCAGUUGUGGAGUUGCCAUUACAGCUGGUGCGAAGCUCCAUCUCGUGGCGUAAAUUUGCUACUGCGCUGUGGGCGUAGAAGUGGUACCUGUUGUCCAGUGGUAUCAACUCCAGAAAACGCUCAGCUCCCAGCCUGCACGGUGCCAGCGUUCAGCCUCGGUAUGCAUUUCAGUCUGCAAGCAGAACUAGUCAUGGUGUUCCCAAAGUUCUGGGCAGCAGCAGAGGGGCACAGCAUCUGCUUGGUACCAGGAGGAGCACGUGCACUCUGCUUUGCAUCUGCUCUAUCCAGAAAUAUUAUCUGUCCACAUCACUUCUCAGUUCACAGCUACCAUGCUGGAAAAGGCACUUCUUAUACCCUACGGCCCAGAAGUGUACGAUGCUUUCUAUAUCUUUUCAUGGUUGUUUUCUUUUGCUUUGUUUCUAUUAAAAAUAAAACCUCUCCUUCUGGGAGCAUAUCUGAGUGCUGAUAUUAGCUUGAAUAGGUGACUUUGCUAUUAUGUGUCCUCUGAAUGAGUGUAGCUUAUGUUGUUGUUGUGAUUUUCAUCAAAGUUUAAGGGUAAUUAAGCUGGCUUAAUACAAUUGCUCUUCAGAAGUUUGUUUGUUUGUUUGUUUUUCUGGAGGGGAGGAUGUAAUGUAGUCAGAGCAGAUAAAAUGUUUUUAGACAAAGUUCUUUUUCUAUGACUUUUCUGAUUCCGCUUUUUGUCUUAAAUACAUUGAGACUGAUUUUUAAGAGAAGUAUACGCAUAAACGUUGAAGCCAAUACUGCUGUCUUAGAAGUAUAUAUAUAUAUAUAUAUAUAAAAUACGUUUAUGACCAAAGAAUUAAUUGAGACAGACCUGAAAAAGGUCAGUUCUAAGGACUUUGCUGCAAUCCACAUUCAUUAGAGUUCAGGAUGAAGAAUGCUAUUUAUUUUUGUUACUUAUUUUCCUGCCUUAAACUCAACUGUUUACUUACCUCACCUACCUGUUACUCCUUGCCUUUGAACCUGUAAGCUUUUUGCAGCAGCACCUGUUAUUUACUACAGCUGUGUAACUGCUGGGUUUCAGAUCUUGUCCUUCUUCAGACACAGUGCAUAUUUCUGAACUCUUUUGUACUAACCUUAUUAUUUAAAGUCUAGGUCAUCUAGGUUCUUGGAACAGAUACUAAAUAAACUCUUGUAAGAGCAAA